AUUCAAGGCCAGUCGAGAGCAACCGAUCGCCUCACACGAUCGGCACUACGAUUUGCUGUUCAUAGGCAUAAGUCCUUCUUUGGCGUCACAUAAACCUCAUUGGGUGUCACUUUUUUAUUUGCAUGUUUACAUUGAUGUUUAUUUUAAUUGAGCAAUGUUUUGAAUGAAUAUUUUUCUAUUAUUGACCUUGCUUAACAUAAUAAAGAUCAAAAUUUGUCUACAAUAGAUUCCAAUCCGCACUAAUGAAGUACCCCAAUUAAAAAAACACGCUUUUGGGGUGACAAAAUCACCUUGGUAUCGUGAUACGCAUAAACCAAACACGAAAGUAGCGUACCCAACUGUCACGUGCAUUUACGAGUUUUGUGAGUUCUAUUUAAUAUGACAUGCCCUGGAAAACUUUCAUAUGAAAUAUGUGAAUUAAGACUAAUGUGUCUGUUCCAACCGGAUGCAUGUGAUGUGUGUAACAGUCAGAAGGAAAAAAUUGAAGUCAUGUGUUUGUGUGAUUGUGAUACUUCUAAUUUUCGGACUGAUUGCUAGAUAUGUCCUCCCGAAGAAUAUCAGAGAACUUGCAGACCUAGGAAAGUGCCCUGCAUGUUACGGGGUUGAUUUGUGCCCGAUUGUGUUGGGAGAUGGCAUUAAAUUAAUCAAUUUUGAUAGUCUAGCGUCGGUGAUUAAUAUUAUAGGAUAUAAGAACGUAUGGUUUGGAACGUAUAAAAACGCAAAGAUUGUGGUUAAGAAGUUGGGUAGCGAUUGGGAACUAGAACAACUUGAUAAUAAACUUUGUGGAAACGAGGGGCGUAAUUGCAACGUUACUAGUUCCGUUUCUCAUGUCACCAAUCUAUCAGUGAUUGAAAAUUAUAUGAAGAGUCUCAAAAGUCGUGAGGGUUCAGUGAAUGACGUUCUGUCAGGUGAUUUUUAUGUAUGUCCAACAACAUCUGGGGUUAACAGGCUGUUACAGCAUGUAAAAUUAAGGAAUGAAGCCAUAGAUACAAAGACAUUUCUACAAAAUGUAUGGACAAUUAUGCAUAUAAACCCAGAACCUGUCAUCCUUCAGAUCCUACCUAAGGAAGAUGGUUGGCCAGUUCCAUUUUAUUAUGGUGCCUGUGGCAGGCUCAUAAUAGAAGAAUAUGCUGGAGAAACAUUAACAACAUAUUACACAAAACCGUGGUUAGAAAGGGCAAAACUUGCUCAAAAGCUUCUUGUUGCUGCCAAGAAGUUAACAAAUGACCACCCAGGUUUCAGAUUUUAUCUGACAGAUGUCUCGCCUGACAACAUUGCAGUAGAUGCCAGUGGUAGUGUAUACUUCAUUGACUUGGAAGAUGUAAUCAUUGUGGACAGGAAUAUUCCAGACCAUGAAAAGCCAGUUUCUUGGACAUCUCAACAUGUGAGUGAACUGUAUGAAUGCGCAAGUUGUUUCACUUUUUCACGGAGUGAAAUUUGCAACCAUCAUAUCAGUGAUCAUAAUUUGUAUGCUGUUUGCCAGCAUUUGCUAUCACCAAAAGCAGUGCCUGGUAUUAUGCCAGGAGGUCUUCUCCACAGCACUCCACAUCUUGUGUUAGAGAAUUAUCCAGACCUCCCAUUGAUUCUGACUCAGUGUGGGGAAUCAGCAGCACCAUUUGGGAGAUUUAAAGCAGCAAAUCAACUGUUGAAUCUACUUGCUAACAUUACAGAAACUCACAAAACUAUAAAUUAGAAUGUACAUUGAUUUAUACACUGUCAAUUUUUUGUUUGCUGACUUGAUCUGUGAUACAUUAUGACUAAAUGGUACUGUUAAUGAAUUAGUUACAUUGUGCACACUGGUUUUUUAGAUGAAUGGAUAAGAUAAUGAAUAUUUUAUUAACACAUUGUUUCAUUGUAGAGAAAUGCAGGUGCGGAAAGUUACUAUUACUUGCUGCCAGAAAUCAUAUCCAGAAAUUAUUCUAAUCAUCUAUAGAGUCAAAUAAUGACAGCCACUUUGACAUUUACGGUCUAGACAAAAAAAAAAAAAAAAAAAAAAAGACAAAAAAAAAAGAGCUCAAUAUAUUGUAGUGAUGUUAUAAUCUGAUGAGAUUGAAGGAAACAUUUUGAAAGAACUAUAUUGUGAAAAAGACCUAACUUAAUCCUUGUGAUGUUUGGAAGAAUGUGUACUGGUGUAGUGAAGUAGUAACUGAAUCCUCGCAUGAUAAUCAGAACCAAUGCUUGAUUUGUGAUGGCAUGCAUCGAUACUCCAUACUGGGGCCUCUGAUGAAAGAAAAUCAGAAAUGCAGGUUUUGAGAUGUGGUACAAUAGAACUUUUGCUGUGGUUGAAGUGAUGUGUAACAAAUGUUGUAUUCACAAUUUAAAAUGCUCAGAAAAGCAUUAAUAUAAUGUUUUAAGAAAUCUAAGUUUCAAAAACACCCCUGGAAUAUUGCAAUAUCGGAACUACUUCAUUUUACAUAUGAAGCAAAGAUUGAUACCACAAACUUUCAAAACAUGACAGUUAAAUCAAAACCUUUUAUUUCAUUGAACACUUAUUUCUGACCACAAAUGAUGAAUACACACAUAUGCCAUUCCCUUUCUCAUCUACUUAUCACUCUGGUUACUUUUAUAACUUCAAGCACUCACCCUACUUCACUUGAUUCACUAGCUUCCACUCAACCCUCAACACAACCCAAAGAGCUCCAAAAGACAUAGAUAUCUUACUAUUGUAACCAUAUAAUUAACACCACAGAUGACCAGGACUAGCAAUUUUUGAAUAAAAAUAGUGUUUGCACCUAAACGCAGUUACACCAAAAUAAUUCCUUUAAGGAAUGAAUAUUUACAAAGUAAACCAGCUUAAGUACAUCAAAGUCCUGGUGGUGGACAAUAUUUUGUUCAUAAAGGAGCUGCAUUCAACCUCUUACAGAGGUCAUGAACAGGUGUUUCAAUUUUGAAAAAUUCCGGUAUUUCAGAGGAAACGAUGUCACUCCUAGAAGAGUUGUCUGUGAAUGCAUUGAGUCCUACUGCAGAUGAAAUUAAGCAUACCAGCUGUGGACAAAUUACUGCUUUGUUUCUAUUUGUUAUUUAUUUUAUUGUCAAGUUCUUGACCUUUUCUAUGCUAUAUGGUCUUUAGCUGAUUGAAUCCAUGUUGUUCUUGCAUUUUUUCUUAUGCCACCUACCCACCUUCCUUUAGAUGAUCGUCAUGGCUGUUUUUUAAUCUCUUGGAGUACAUUAAGAAUUUGCUUGCUCCUUCUCUCAUCCAUUCACUUGGCUACAUGUCUCUCCCAUUCAAUUUAAUUUUUA